GAAAACAUCACGCAACUUGCUCGGCGCAUAGAGGUGGAAAUAUCGCUGACCCAAUCAUCAGGCCUAUACAAAGGGCGCCAUCUACCGGCAGAUGCAAGAAUAUAGUCGCAAGGCUUCUACGUACGAGUCACGCCUCGAAGAACUUCACAAACGAUCUGUCCAUCAUGAUGACCACUUGAGACUUAUCGAUGCUUGGUGGCGACAGAGACAGGUGCUUGAGGAAAUGGAACUUCUUUCGGACUCCGAGAUCACUUCUACAACACCGUCUGAUCCUCCAUACCUAAGUGGCGUGACUUUCAAGGAUCUUCAUGAAUUCCAGAAACAUCUAUCUGACAAAGGAAAGACGAUCAAAUCCAGAGCUGAAGCACUCCUUGGACGAUUGGCCUCUUCGCGAGGCAAGAUUGACCCUGACGCUGCUACGCUGGAGAAUAAGGUUGCAAGUCUGCUGGCAACACAAAAGGAAUACUUGUUCAAACUGGACCGAUUGAAGAGUGAAAAAGAUCAACUGUCUGAACAACUGAAUGCUGCGACUUUGCGAUACUUCAAAGCGGAGAAGAAACUGGACCGUGCCAAAAGUUCUCAAGUGCAGAAGCUGGAACAACAAGCAUUUGCUAAUGCCACUCGCCCUUCUGCAUCUGGCGAUGGGAGUGCUGAGGCCGGCGAGACAAAUGGCAAUGCGGGUGAACUAUUGCUCAAGUAUGAAGAGGCAACUGCAGCUGCUACCAAGCAAAAGGAACAACUCGAUGUCAUCCUGGCUGAAAUUAAGACACUUCAGGAUGAGAACACGACUCUCAAAGCGAAGAGGGAGACCUUAACCGAUGAAGACUUCAUCCGGACUGACGUUUUCAAACAAUUCAAAAACCAGAACGAGGAUCUCAUCAAACGGAUUAACACCCUUGAAGCCACAAACAAACAGUUGCGAGAAGAAGCCGAAAAACUACAAGCAGAGCGGUCGAUGUUCAGAACUCAGCUCGAAGCAGACGCAAACCAGGUGACGCAGGAGCUUGAAGCUGAGAUCAUUUCCAGAGAUCAGGAUCUUGCCCGAGUGCGAUCGGCACGCGACGAAUUGCUGGCUGAAACCACGCAACAUAAGGCAAGGUUAGAACAGGACCGAGCAUCAAUCGAUCAAGUCAAGGCUCUGGCAUCUGCCAAAGAGGAUAGAAUUACGGCUCUGGAAUCAAAACUUUCACGCCUUCAACCGAGCGAGGACCAGCAAGCUAUUAGCCCGGAUAUCGAAGCAUUGACAAUUGACGAGCUUCGUCUGCAGUAUACAAAACUUGAACGGGAUUUCAACUCUAUUAAUACUGAAUUCCCUGCUAUGGAAAAGGCAUAUAAGAAGAUAAUUCAAAUCGCUCAAAAGAAAGCGAUGGAUACCAGUGCUGCAGAGGAACGCAUGGCGAUUCUAAUUGCAGAGAAGAGUAAAGCUGACCAGAAAUACUUUGCCGCGCGAAAGGACGCAGAUACACGCAACAACGAGAUUCGAUCAUUGCGGCACCAGAACAGCAAGAGUUCGGAAAUCAUCGCCCAGCUCAAGGACCUCGAAUCACAGAACCGUACCCUACUGGGUAACUUGGAUAAACAGUUGACCGAUUUGAAACAAGCAAAUGCCGCCCUGAUGACGGAGAACAAGAAGAUGGAAACGGCAAGCCUCGAUGCUCUUCGCCGUACUGAAUCUCUGAACAAGCAAGUUGCUGACUUGACAAACUUGGUCAAAUCUAAAGAUGCGGCGUCUGCCGUGGUUCGUGAGCGCAACAUAAUGCAAGAGACUGAAGUGGAGAAGAUGAAGGUACGCCUCGAGCAUGCACAGAAAGAUCGCGACAAUUGGAAGAAUAAGGCAUUGAGCAAUGCGUCUGAAGAAGAAGAAAUGCUUCGGACGUUCGCUUUAUGCACUAUUUGUCGUAUUAAUUUCAAGAACACGGCGUUGAAGACAUGUGGCCACUUAUUCUGCAACCAAUGUGUGGAUGAUCGCAUCAGCAAUCGCAUGCGGAAAUGUCCUACCUGCUCCCGAGCAUUUGACAAGAUGGACGUUAUGCCCGUCCAUCAUUGAACGAACGCACCGAGAGCGCCAUGGAAACGACCUAUCUUGCACCUUACUUCUGUCCCUUAUAUAUGCGAUACCUCUUUUUCUACUUCAUUAAUUGCUUGCGUCAAGCAUUGAGCAUCCAUCCUAUACCUUUCAGGCAUUUGGGAGUGGCCACAUAUCCGCCUUCACCGGACUACGUUGGGCCACUAUGAUCUGGACAGCGCAUCUUGACGGUUUUCUUCUCUGGGCU